AGAAAACAUAAGACGAGAAGUUUUAGGUUAGAUUUUUCAAAUUGUAACAUAAUUAUUAUGAAUUUGUAUUUACAAUGUGGAAUCGUUUUCUAAUGUAAGCUUUUAGAAUAAAAUUGGUUAUAGUUUAUCAAAUUAUUGACAGGAGACUAAGCUAGCACGUACAAUGUGCCUAGGACUUAAACGAUACCUCUUGUAUUUUGCCAAUGAACAUAAUUCAUUUCGACUACCGGAAAUCACAGCUAUUGCAAAAUUGUUCAAGAUCCCAUUAAAGUGGAUUGAAGAGCCUAGCAAUGAGCCAUUCUGGUUGGUAGAGUUACCAUCAGAAGAUUCAGCUCGCUUGAUUGCAUCUCGGUCAGUAUGUAUCAGACGCAUUGUCCACUUGUGGGCCAGUGCUACCAACACAGCUGAUCUGCACAGUCAGCUGAGAGAACAGGAAACCCUUAUACGGCCAUAUUUCUCUCCUCUCUCUACCUUCAAAAUAAAGGUGGACACUUUCUGCAAUCAUCAGACGCAGAGAGAGAAGUUGGAAAAGAUUGAGUCUUUCUCAUACCUGCCUAUUCAAGGCUCGGUGAAAUUGAACAGUCCGGACCUAGCAUUGCAGUAUUUUGAACACUACGGUAUGGAUCCUAACAACAUUCCAAAUGAGCCCAACAGAGUAUUCUUUGGAAGAAUAGUAGGGAAAGGUAGGCGGGACCUGAUGACCAAGCUGAACCUCAAGAAGCGCAAGUUUAUCGGCAACACCAGUAUGGACGCUCAGCUAAGUCUGAUCAUGGCCAACAUAGCCCAGGUCCGCCCAGGGGACCUUGUCUUGGAUCCUUUUGUGGGCAGCGGAUCUUUGCUGAUUGCUGCUGCAAGUUUUGGAGGUUUUGUGUUUGGCACAGAUAUAGACUUCAUGAUGCUACAUGCAAAGACAAAACCUACCAGGAAACAGGAUAGGUUCAGGGGCAGGCAGGACGACGAGAGUGUCAUGGCCAACUUUGACCAAUACCAGCUGACCAGUCAAUACUUGGAUGUCGUCGUAGCGGACGCCUCGGUACCUCUAUGGAGGGAUGAGCUGGUGGUGGACGCUAUCAUUACAGAUCCGCCCUACGGCAUCCGCGAGUCAAUAGAGAGGGUCGGUUCGUCCAGAGAGACACUGACUGUAGCAGAGGAGAACCGAGAGUCCCACAUCCCCUCCAAGACCAGCUACAGUAUGGAGCAACUCGUCUCUGACCUGUUGUGCUUUGCGGCCAAACAUCUGAGGGUGGGGGGACGACUGGUGACGUGGAUUCCGAUAUUCCGAGACGACUAUGAUGAAAACGCCCUCCCUGAACAUCCCUGCCUACAACUGGUGGCCAACUGUGAACAGAUCCUGUCUACUUUCGCGUCUCGAAGGCUGCUCACCUACCACAAGCAUCGGGAACCAACGGUGAAUGUUAAGAACCAACAUAAUCUUGUGUUUGAUAUGGUGGUAGAAGGCGAAGGGGAAAACAAAAAAAGGCCGGGAAUGUUGAAUGUAAUAAGGAGAUGGAACUAGUACCUGCAGCCAACCAGUGCACUGUCGUCACCAGCUUCAGAGAAAAAUACUUCCACCACAUGGAGCAGGUGCGUAGUGAGAGGAAACGGAAAAAAGUGGAAAAAGCUCUCCUCCAGUUUAGUCACAGUAGAUAGAACAUUCAUUGAUAGGAUUUUUGUAAAUAAAGUGUAUUUGUACAACCUUU